UCGAUCGCUAUCUGGUGGCCCGCUGCAAAUCCCGCCUCUCCCAUGUUAGCUGAUGGGACAUGGACCAAGCUAAAAAGUCGAAGUACACGUUUAAAUAAUCUGGCUCACGAUUGGUCGAGUGCUUGAAUCAGCAGAACCGCGCUGCUCCAUCCACCGAUCGCUACUGUGCAGACUCUGGCUUUAAAGUAGGUAGCAUUUGUGUCCGGGAUAUUUUGGCUUCAUUUCGUGAUAGUGGGAGGAAGUGGAGACGCGUCCUCCAUCUUUACAUACAGUCUAUGGUCAGUAUAAUGUCCUCUACAGUGUUGAAUAUAUAUCACUCUGCAAGGUUCAGUGGUCCUUCAAAUUACAUGUGGAUUUAACAUACUCCAAGGUAAAUGCAUUUUCGUUUAACUAGAAAAAUCCUGUGGGUUUUGGCUAGCUCAAAAAUGGGAGGGGCAGAGCAGAGUAAAACCUAAAAUGUACUUAUGAUGAGGACAAGGUCACUGCUAUCUCGAUCCCAGCUGAAAAAAUAAUGUUCUCUUUACAGCUAUUACCCCUCCACCUGGUGAGGAUCAUCACUGAUCUGGAUCCCAGAGCAGACAAAGGAUUCACUGUCUGGCUCAAGGACACUUCUGCAGGAUGUGCUGCUGAAGGGCAUGAAACGGAGCAACAGCAACUUUGAAGAAAAGUGUGGACAUUGGUCAAAGACCUGACUGGCUGUGAUAAAGUACAGAGUACUAGCUCUUGACUCCAUCCCUCUCUGCGCCGUGCCUUCCUCAGUCAUGCAGCGUCUGACGGCCCUCGGCCUCCUCCUGGCGUGCGCCGCGUCCCUCGGCAGCUCCGCCGUCAUCUUGGAAAAUGGCAUGCCCAUCCUGUGGUCGCACACUGCCGGCCAACUCACAGACCUGCCGGUAGAGAAUGGCGUCCUGACCCCUGACCCCUGGCACUUUCUUCACCGUAUGAGCCUUUAUCGCCUGCUGAUUGCUGCUACAGACCCGUUUAUGGGAUGCAUGGGGACAAACGCGACCGACAGCCCUUUUUGGGGACUGCCAUUGCAGCUUGGAUGGAUGCUCACGUCAGGGCGUCUGGGAGACCCGACCGGCGCUUCAACCUGCGGCCUGCAAACAGGAGAUACCAUGUGCAUCUCUACUCAGAGCUGGUGGGCCUGUCAGAACUACUUUGUCUCAGCACUGCCCUUCCUCUCUGCUGCACAGCAAGGCCUUAUGGGACCUGGACUACAGGUCAAGAUGCAGAUGCCUGAGGGGGUCGAGGACCUUUGCACCACCUAUGCCGACUGCUCAGCUCGCUUCCCUGAGGUCAUGCCCAAGUGGGAUGCCUUUUUCCAGGGUCUCAAGUCUGCGUCCGAGUCUCCUCUGCCCGACCUUGAGAAGAAAGACGCUCUGCUCGGUCUCUACUGGGCGGCCCAAAUGGCUUCAUCUCAUGCCUCUGCAGUUUGUAAUGCCAGGCAGAGCCACUACUCCUCCACGGAGGUGUAUUUCGCUCAGUGCUGGCUCAACGCAGCAGAGUACGUAUCAGCGGCAUAUUUCCAGUCCAAUUUGGAAAGAUCGGCCGUGUUCAUGAACCCUCUGCCAGGUCGAAUUCUACAGGUCACCGACGUUGCACCUAACAUCCCCGAUCUGUCUGAUGAGGAGAACCACACCCUGUCUGUGUUCUCCUGGAUGCAGAACAUCAACAAUCUUCUCGGGGGUUCACUGGUGCGCAUGUGGGGAAAGGCCAUGUGCUCGAUGAACACAAGAGAGAAAGGCAAAGAGAUGCUGGAGCAGGUCCUCCUGAAUCCCGGCUACGCCACCACCUCCUUCCUGUCCAUCGUCACCGGGAUGGCGACCGGUUGCUGAGACAAAAACGCCAACACACCAACAGAGACAGAGAGAAAACUCCAGUUACAAUCAUGAAUCAAUACUUUCCCACGAUGUGAAAGUUAUAGACAUGCUAUAAUAAAUGUAAAGAUAGGAAGAUUGCAUUGAUUACUGUAAAACUCAGAGACGUGUAAUACAAAAAGACACAACUGGCAUUAAGCUGUAAAGCAGGUAUUCCUCAGUCUGUAUUGCAUAUUCCUGUGAUGUCCCAGUAAAUCAUAAACAAUCCCUAAUACUUUUACUGUCAUUAUAAAACUUUUUUUUUAAUAUCUUUUGACUUCAUUUUAGUCUGUGGUAAAUGUUAUAAUCAACCAAUAGAAAACUGUGUGUGUGGUACAAAAAUGCAGUACUUGAAUAAAAUUAAAAUUAAAAUUAAAA